UGUCAAUCACGGCUUGUGAGUACUGACCCAGCCCCCGGUUGCUAAGGCGAAAUCAGUGAUGCUGCUGCUGCUGCUGCUGCUGAAAUUGCUGCACUCGCCGUAGAGAGUCUACAAUCCCAUCCUGACAAGAGACGAAGCCAAAGAAAGACGGGACAAAUGUAAAGUAACUCUUCUUUACAUGAAUAAAGAUACGAGGUUGUUCUAAAGAUUUGGGAGUUUGAAUGGUUUCGGUUUAUAAUGUGUUAGCUUUAAACUUGCAGGUGUCUCCCGACAGGCGUCGCACCGACAUGCUGCUGUUUGCUGAUAUUAGCCGAUCCUAUUGACUAGCAGGAUGCUCCAGUAAUCCAACCAUCCGGAUGUUGUUUAUUCGCAUACACACAAUAAUGUAUGCAGCUACAUAUGUUCCUUUGCGUUAUACUACUUUAGGUGAUUGACAUUAGCUUCCUGUGUCUGAACAUCAUUAUGAGUGAAUGUCAGUUUGGAGCAUCUGCAGAGGAAAGUCUACUCUGACACUGACACUUCUGCAAAAUGUCCAGGCUCCUGUAUUGAUCUUGUUUUUUUGUUUGUUUGUUUGUUUUGAGACAUUUUUAUUAAUCAUACUGUAAGCCAUAAUAAGUACUGACAGCUCUGGUGUUUGUCUCAGGAUGACAACUUGGGCAUAAAGCUGAUCUGAAUGGAACAAGCCAUUUAAAUGAGUUUACAUAACUACUGAUUGGGAUAAGAGUGUCCGAGUUUACGACUUUAAAAAGUUCUCCGUCCGCUUACAGGACUGCACUAAUGUUCUGCGAUUGCUAAACGUGAAUACAGUAUUAAUCCAUCCACCCAGCACUGACCAGCACCACUGCGCCUUUAAUAUUUCCUUGAGCUGUGAUUGGGUCUCACUUCAAAUCUCUUCUUAUCAAAUCCUUCUUGUGACCCAGGAGGCUUCCCUGUCUGGACACUUACAGCUAAAAGGAAACGCCUUAUGGAUGCAGUGAUCAAAAGCAUUUCUACAGAACUGGAGAAGAAUAAAGGUCCUGCAUCAAAGUCACUUUUAUAAACUUUGUUCUUUAUUUGUUCCUCACUAAAUGGUGGAGAAAAGAUGGACAGCUCUCUUUAAAAUGCUUUACUCAAAAUCCCUUCUAGCUGGAUACUCCUGUAUGUCGGUAUACAGAUUUAUCACAGUCAAAGCGGACACACAUGGAGUCACUUUGUGCUGAUGGAGCUUAAGUUCUCUUUUACGUGAUGUUGUGAUGACGACUGUCUCAGUCUAUUGGAUUUCAAAAGUGCAAGCUGAGCUAAAUGCCAUGUACCGUGGCUGCACGACUGCAGCUGCGAAACUGGCUAAUAACUCAGUACUUUAAAGCUUUCCCACUGGCCCAAGACUUCCAAAGCCAUCAAACCAAUGAAGGGGAAACAUCUGUGUGGCAGUAUCAUCCGGAUAUAAAGAAGAAAGCAUGCCUUUAAGGAAAAGAGAUACGGCCCGAGCAUUAGGGCUGUUGGAGGAUUACUGUUCCAAACUGAAGAAGCCAGAGGAGCAGCAGCUAAAAGCUGCCAUUCUGCGAGUGAUGGGCAUUUUGAGAAGCAGCCUCUUCCAGGCGCUCAUAGAUAUUCAGGAGUUUUAUGAGGUGACCCUGUUGAACUCUCAGAAGAGCUGUGAGCAGAAACUGGAGGAGGUGAAGCACAUGGCAGAGCAGUACGAAAACUCGUCCCCCAGCCCCGGCUUCUCGAACGCGCACCCACAGUCUGUUUGCAUACAGCCGGAGGUGAUAAAGAAAAGUCAUGCAGAGGAGCCUGUAGCUGACAGCAACGUGAAUGCAGAGAACAGGCCACCGGCAGUUCAGGGCUCCCAGCAGCAGACCCACACUCCGGCCUGUUUGAACCCCAGCCCGAACCCGGCCCUGAUGAACUCGCCCUGGUAUCAUUAUCAGGAUGACGAGUCACCACCGGAGCACAGUUACCCCCGGUUGACCGGCGAGGUUCGAGCACCAGAGCUGGUGCAUGUAUCCGAAAGGAACCUGUCGGAGAUUGAGAAUGUGCAUGGCUAUGUCUCCCACUCACACAUCUCACCACUGAAGCCUGCGCAGGUUACCCGGUUUGAUCUAUCAUACCCGGGGGUGACUGCCGCAAACUACCUGGCAAGCCCAGCACCAAUUAUAGUCAACACAGACACUCUGGAGUCAGUACCUUAUGUCAAUGGGACAGAAAUUGAAUAUGAAUUUGAAGAAAUUACGCUAGAACGGGGAAACUCAGGGUUGGGGUUCAGUAUAGCAGGUGGGACGGAUAAUCCACACAUCGGAGACGAUCCUGGUAUUUUUAUCACCAAGAUCAUCCCCGGUGGUGCAGCGGCUGAGGACGGCAGGCUCCGGGUGAAUGACUGUAUCCUACGUGUGAAUGAAGUAGACGUAUCUGAGGUUUCCCACAGCAGGGCCGUGGAGGCGCUGAAGGUUGCUGGUUCUAUAGUUCGACUCUACGUACGCAGAAGGAGACCCAUGCUGGAGACUGUUGUCGAGAUCAAACUCAUCAAAGGACCAAAAGGGCUGGGCUUCAGUAUUGCGGGUGGAGUGGGUAACCAGCACAUUCCAGGUGAUAACAGCAUCUACGUCACCAAGAUAAUUGAUGGAGGAGCGGCGCAGAAGGAUUGCAGGUUACAGGUUGGGGACAGGCUUCUCAUGGUUAAUAACUACACUCUGGAGGAGGUGACCCAUGAGGAGGCAGUAGCCAUACUGAAGAACACGUCAGAUGUUGUGUAUUUGAAGGUUGGAAAGCCCACUAGUGUUUACCUUUCAGAUCCCUACGGGCCUCCCGAUAUUACCCACUCAUUUUCCCCUGCUAUGGAUAAUCAUAUCUCUGGUAAUAAUGGGACUCUGGAGUAUAAGUCCAGUCUUCCCCCCAUCUCCCCUGGUCGUUACUCACCCCUGCCACGCCACCUGCUGGGGGAGGAGGACAUUAACAGAAAUCCCUCCUUAGAUGACGGGGAGGGCCACAGGUUUGAGUCCCAGCACUUCCAGUUGAGGCCUCCAGAGCCAGUUUACAGCACUGUGAAUAAACUGUGUGAUCGUGCUCCCUCUCCCCGUCACUACUCCCCUGUGGAGUUUGAUAAAAGUCCAAUGCACUCCGUCCCUUUUCCCCACUUCCACGUAGGUGUGCUCCCAGACUCCGACAUUACCAGGGAACCGAGGAAGAUUGUUCUGCAUAAGGGCUCCACCGGACUGGGCUUUAACAUCGUAGGAGGUGAAGAUGGCGAGGGAAUCUUCGUGUCCUUUAUCCUUGCAGGAGGACCAGCUGACCUGAGCGGGGAGCUGAGAAGAGGAGAUCAGAUCCUGUCUGUAAAUGGCAUUGAUUUGCGAGGAGCUACACAUGAACAGGCUGCAGCUGCACUCAAGGGGGCGGGUCAGACUGUGGCCAUCGUUGCCCAAUACCGGCCUGAGGAGCUUGCGCUGUGCUCUCCACGUCGGGCUGUGCCUCCAGCCACAGAGUACGGGCGCUUCGAGGCCAAGAUUCAUGACCUGAGGGAGCAGAUGAUGAACCACAGUAUGAGCUCCGGAUCAGGAUCCCUCCGAACCAAUCAGAAACGAUCCCUCUAUGUCAGGGCCCUGUUCGACUAUGACCGGUUGAAGGACAGUGGCCUGCCAAGUCAGGGUCUUAGCUUCCGUUAUGGAGACAUCCUGCAUGUGAUUAAUGCCUCGGAUGAUGAAUGGUGGCAGGCACGGAGAGUCACUCCAGAUGGAGACAGUGAGGAGAUGGGGGUCAUCCCCAGCAAGAGGAGGGUGGAGAGAAAAGAGCGAGCUCGUCUGAAGACAGUCAAAUUCAACGCAAAGCCUGGCAGCAUUGACUCUAAAGGGUCAUUCAGUGAAAAACGUAGAAAGAACUCCAUCUUUUCACGAAAGUUCCCAUUCUACAAGAUCAAGGAGCUGGAUGAGCAAGACGGCAGCGACUCGGAACGAAGCCAAGAGGAUGUGAUUCUCUCCUACGAGCCUGUGAUUCGGCAAGAAAUCCACUAUGCCAGACCUGUGAUCAUUCUGGGGCCCAUGAAGGACAGAAUUAAUGAUGAUCUGAUUUCUGAAUUCCCAGACAAGUUUGGCUCAUGUGUUCCACAUACUACAAGAGGAAAGCGAGAUUAUGAAGUUGAUGGGCGAGAUUAUCACUUCGUCACCUCGCGAGAACAAAUGGAGAAGGACAUACAAGAGCACAAGUUCAUCGAGGCUGGACAAUACAAUGACAACCUGUAUGGGACCAGCGUCCAGUCAGUUAGAUACGUGGCUGAGAGGGGAAAGCACUGCAUACUUGACGUAUCAGGAAAUGCCAUAAAGAGGCUACAAGCAGCACAACUCUACCCCAUUGCCAUCUUUAUAAAGCCUAAAUCCAUUGAAUCAUUAAUGGAGAUGAACAAGAGGUUAACGGAAGAGCAGGCUAAGAAGACGUACGACCGGGCUAUGAAGCUGGAACAAGAGUUUGGCCAGUACUUUACAGCACUGGUGCAAGUAGACACUUUGGAGGAUAUUUACACUCAGUGUAAGAUGGUAAUAGAGGAGCAGUCAGGACCUUACAUCUGGAUUCCCUCCAAAGAGAAACUAUAAGGAACAAACUCCCCUGCCAGGGACCUCUGGACUGCAAAAAUGAACAAAACAAAAACAAACAAACAAAAAAAAAAAACAUAGACAUCAUUUGUAACAUAUGAUAAAUUAUUAUGGUAAUGUUUCUUAUUGAUAAUUCUAGUGAAUAUAAUUUCAUUUGUUUGUUGUUUGUUUGUUUAUCUGUUAUGUUGCAAUUUUAUUUUCAAUUUCAAUAUGAAUGUUUCUGAAUGUACACCACACAGUGUUGGAGACAUUUUUUGGCCUCGAAACAAUGGGACUGUUUGUAUAUAUUGGUUAGUAUUUUUCAUGAAGAGAAAAAAUGAUCAGAUGCAUCAAAAAUGUACACUGGCUGUUUCGUUCGUGUUAAUCGCGGUUGGAGUUUGAAGAGGAAGGACGGAGCAGACAGGGUCAGGACUGAUGGAUGAUCUCCACACCACCGCCGACAUCUCAAAUGAUAUCAGUUUUGCUCGCUUCCUGGCCGGCUGCUGCCUUGCAGGACCUUCUCCCCACCGUCAGCUGUCUCUGCAGUGCUCUACAUCUCGCCCUAUUUGGAUCUAUGCAUUCCGUUAUUCCUUAUUUUUACAGUGAUUUUUGUAUUGAUUUUUGUUUCAUGGUGUCCCCUUUAUUUAUUAGUUUUCUUGAAGAGUUUUAAUUUCAAAUUGUUCACGUAGCUAUGGAACUUUCAGAAAAAGUUGAACGAUGCUUUAAUUUGUGUGAACUGUAAAAAGGGAUACAGCUAGGUAUAGGCACUAUAUAAAUCAGUAUAUGACACUAUAUUUUGCUAUUUAUAUUGAUAUAGGUCACAACAGAACAGAACUAUUUAUAAAUAUGUUUAACUUUGUUUAAAAAAAACACACUUUUGAAAAGGGUUAUAUUGGUGUAAGAUAUAGUGGAGUAAAUUGAAGUAGAAAUGGUUGAGGCUGUUGUGCAUCCUAUGUGAUUUCAUUAAGGCUGUGUGGUGUGUGUGUGGGGGGGGGGAUAAAUGCAUGGUGGUGACCAAUACUUUUUCCAGAUCAAACCCACGCUGUUCUGAAUGUAAAAUGCUGUCGUUUAGAGCUGUUGAAAUUCUUGUUCCUUUUAAAUGGUGAGAAAAUAGUAGCCGAAGGAGGAACAGUUCCGUUUUGUUACUGUGGUUGGUGCACUUUCAUAGUCAAGUUCCUGUUUCCUUUAGACAUCUCUAACAAGAGACCAUAAAAAACAGAGGCUUAAAUCAGAGGCUUAAAAAAGGUACACGGCAGUUGUGUGUGUGUGUGUGUGAACGUGCAUUUACAUUCAGAAAAGGCACAUGCUCCUGCACACCUUUUUUGUACACUAUGUGCCCUUUACCCUUCUUAGAACUAGGAGUUUUCUAGCGGAAAGUCUAAACCACAAAGGGUAAAGACAAUGUGUGCAGAGCAAGAAAUCAUAUAGUUGCAGUGUUAUUGCUGGCAUGCAGUGUGUUGUACAAAGGCCCACUGAUUUAUUGGUCACCACUUGCCUUAAAGAUGAAUGAUGGUUUUUGACAAAGAGAUUUUUUUACAUGUUGCUCAGAUUGACAGCAUUUUUGCUGGAUUUCAUUAUAAUUCAAAUGUGCGAUGAAUGAUGUGAGAAUGCUGAGCGAAUGUGAGAAAGCAGAAAGCACCACCAUAAUCAUGGUCUCCAAAUGGUCCAUGUCCUUCCAAAUAGAAUACAAUAUAAAGUAAAUUUUCCCAAAUUACCUUGUUUUUAUGCAGCAUCUUGUUCUUAAAAAUUGUAAUUGUUUAUAUCUUUAAGGGCUGAAUACACUGGAGGAGGAGCUUCAUUGUCAGGAGUCUACAAAAAAUGCCUGCCAGGAGGCCAUUCACUGAAGCAAGCCACAACACACUCGAGACAAAGCAAUAAUUUGCAUAAUACCAAUCUAAAUUUGUUAUCGUUGUCAGAAUGGAGCCGCUUGUGAUUCAGAUAGCUGCCACAACAGAUGUCUGUCACUCCAGUGUAUCCAGACCCUGUGCUUUUAUGUUGUGCAUCACAUUAUUGUAUCCUGUUUCAUCAUCUCAUUUCAAGAGUUUGUCAAAUAAUUAGCUGAUUUCCUUUGGGAUGGUUUACAGACAGUGUGCACUGGAGAGAGGGUUCCUGCAGCACUAUGGUGCUCCCUCUGUCUUUCCCCUAAAACAGUCACUGUAAUAAACACCUGACAGAAAUGGAGCUGUAUUUUUUUCUCAGGGUUGCCACAUAGGGCGUAAUUACUGAUCAAAACCAAAGCCCAAAGGGCAACAUGUUAAAAUUGGUUAUAAAUACAGCCUUUUGUUUUUCUCCUGAUCUUCUUUAGCACACUAAAGUACUGUUCUUAAUUCAAAUAGAAUUACACUUCCCCCCUUUCAUCUUUCAUGCCUACUAACGUGCAAUGUUGUAUAUAAUGUUCCAUUAGCACUUUAUACAUACUGGAAACAAGUUCCUGCCCAGCACCUUUUUUUUUUCUUGAAACAUCUCAUGCUCCUCUUCACUUCAUUGUACAUUUAGAUUUGUUUUAUUCCAUGGGUUAAAGCACACAUCAUGUUAUCACUGACAUGUGUUAUUAUAGAAACAGUUUUGUUCUUUUUGUAUUUAUAUUUUCAAAGAAAAAAAAUGAAAAGGAAGAACAUGUCCUUUGCAUCCUGUUGCAGUAUGUACCCCAAUUGCUUUGAAAAAUCACAAUAAACCUUUGCUUUAGGCAUAUAUGAAGCCACUCCACUCAUGUCUACUAAUGUAAAUUAAAGAUUUGGUGGGACUUUUCCACGCAAACUGA